UUUAUCAGCAGACAUCUAAACCUUGACAGGAUUCUGGCAAACAACGAGGGGACGGAAUAUUUCAUCAGCAUGGCCAAGCAGUCCCAUGCGCCAGCGGCUGGAGCAUCCGGAGCAGCGGCGCAGCGACUACCUGCAGUUGUUGCUCGACACGCGGCGGGAGGAUGGUCAACGGCGCUGCCUGACUGAUGACGAGAUCAUCGCCCAGUGUCUGCUCUUCUACUUCGCCGGCUAUGACACCACGUCCAAUGCGCUCGCCUGGACUGCACGCCUGUUGGCCUUUCAUCCGCACCAACAAGAGCGCCUGCAGGCCGAGAUCGAUGGCAAGCUGAUGUCCGAGGAGGACCGCAUCACCUUCGACAUGGUGAACAGCAUGCCGUACCUGGACAACGUGCUGUCCGAGUCCCUGCGACUCUACCCGAACCCGCAGCUCUCACGCUGCUGCACCAAGCCUUACCGCCUUCCUGGCACGGACACCAUCGUGCCCCAGAACUGCCUGGUCUACGUGAGCCCGUACGGCAUCCAACGGGACCCCGGCCUGUACCCGAACCCGGACGCGUUCGACCCCGACCGCUUCUUGCCCGAGAUCAAGGCAGACCGGCACGCGUACGCGUGGCUGUCAUUCGGCCAAGGGCCGCGCAACUGCAUCGGCAUGCGGUUCGCGCUGCUGCAGGCCAAGAUGGCGCUGGUGGCGAUCCUACGGCGCUACUCUUUCGUCCCCGGAGCCAGGUCGGGCGGCGCCGUGCCGGAGAUAGAUGCCACACCCGGCCUGCUCAAGGAGAAGGGCGGUACCUGGCUGAAAGUGGUGAGGCGUGGGUAGAAGGCCGGCGACUGCCAGACUGUCAGGCCUCAGUGGAAGUGCGGUGGGCGUGGUGUCUGGAUGCGUAUUCGCGGGGCAGUUGGUCCUCAGCUGCGCAGGGGUGUUAAUGCGAAGUAGCACGGCAUGCCAAAUCUCUACGUCGGCGCUUGUGCCGAUGAUUUUCCCCGUUGAUCUGCGACGAGCGAGUCCGUGGACCGAGUAAAUCUUAGUUGAGUGAUGACGUUUUUAACUUGACCGGCCCGGCUUGGUCUGGCUGUCGCGCUGUCUAGAAAUUUAUGCUUUUGCAGCCGGUGAUCACAGCUUGAUGCGGUUAUCCGCCACGUGUACCAAAAUCCUCAAAAGAUGUGUUCUGUAAUGAUAAAGGUAUGUUCGUGUAUGCAAUGUGAUGAGCCGUGCUUUUCCUGUGUUGUUUAGAUACGGACGAAAUGUUGCUUGUCUCCCCUAUUUGACCGACGUGACAACAAUACAA